AUGGGAGUAUUGCGGUGGAAGGCCGCCAGAGAGUCGUGGGAAGAUCCAGCGAAAAUGAUCUCGGAACGACAAACUGCACAGCCGCACGAAUUUCCUAACGACGGGAAUUUCGACGCUCAAAACCAGCGCCCAGAUCAAGCAAGCUCGCCGGAAAGCCAUUCGGCUGAUACAACAGAAGGUGGUCGAGAAGACCAGAGCAAUGGUAACAACGGGCAACAUGAAGAUUCGAGCCAAGCCCCGAAUCGAGGUCAGAAUUAUGGUCAAGAUAAGAGCUCGGGCGAGGGUCAAGCCCCGCCGCAGCAGGGGAACAGCCGAUUUGAGGGCGAGGGUAGUGGCAGUCCGGAGCCAAGUGAAAACGGAUACCAGAAGGAGGGGCAGAGUCCAAAUAAUAGCGGCGACAAGAACCAGGGAUCAUCUCAGGAUCAAGAGCAAGGACAAAAUCAGAAUCAGGGCAGUGGGCAGCAUCAGGGUCAGAACCCAGAACAAGAUCCCAAGACAAGCUCGCAACACAACAACAGUCGACCGCAGACGGAGACAACCACGACGCAGACAUACUCAUCCUCGUCAUAUACACAAACCUCGUCCAGUAUUGAAACCCAGUCAACCACAAGUUACCUCGACAGCAUUGUCCUCAUCUCCCGCUCCGGCAUCUGUGUCCUCAGGGUCAGGAUCAGGGUCUGGAAUGUCCUCAGCCCAAGUGACUGGCAUUGCUGGUAA